AUGGCUAAUACUAUUCUCUACCUGCAGAACUUUGCCGCCUGGACUGGACUCGGCUGCUACUUCGCAACCAAUCCUCAAAUGCAGUGGCGGCUCUGCCUCGCUCUUCCUGCUUUUGCUCCCGGUAUUCUUGGCCUAGGAUCGGCGCUCAUCCCAGAGUCUCCUAGGUGGCUCGUAACGCAAGACCGUGGGACCGAGGCCCUUGAUAUUCUCACCAAGCUUCACCAUCAGCCUGGGGACUCGAGCAAUGAAGCGGCCCAAUCUGAAUGUCGUGCUAUCAAGACCCAGUUGAUGGCUGAGUCUAAUGAGCCCAAGUCCUUUGUUGGCAUCAUGAAGAAGCCUUCCUAUCGCAAGCGAAUCCUCAUCGGUAUAUUUGUUCAGUGUAUCGCCCAAUCUACUGGAGUUCUUGUUAUCAAUAACUACCAGGUUCUUCUGUACAACGGUCUUGGUCUUACAGGUUACCUCCCCCUCUUCCUGUACGGAGUGUACACAGCAUGGGCAGCCUUCCUCAACUGGGUGGGCGCUAUGUUUGUCGACAAGUUUGGUAGAAUUUUUAUGCUUACUGUAGGACUGGUCGGAUGUGCACUGAUGGUAGCCGGCGAGGCAGCCAUCGUCGCUGUUGCCGCCGAGAACAAGAACAACCACGCCAUCAACGCAGCUGGUGUAUUCUUCCUGUUCGUCUUUGUUACUUUCUACGCCACAUGCAUCGAUGCCAUCAGCUACAUUUACUUCUAUACACAGCCUGCGCCCAUUGCCUUCGCUCAGGUUGGAUGGAAGUACUAUCUGGUCUUUGUCAUCGUGCCCCUCCUUGGUGCCCCUGUUGUCUACUUUAUGUUUCCUGAGACUAAGGGUCUUUCAUUGGAGGAGAUUGGUACUCUUUUUGAUGAUGGAAAUGAGGAUCCAACUAUUGAGGUUCGAGAGGAUGUUGCCGAGAAGCUAGACUUUUGA